GUAGCCGCCGGGCGCCCGCCCGGAGGAGGGCGGCGGGCAGCGGGCAGCGGGCAGGUGCGCGGCGGCGGCUGCGGCGUGAGGCUGCGUUGGGGCCGCGUCUGCCCGCCGCCUGCCCGCCCGCUCCCUGCCGCCCCCGCGGCGCGCCUCUCCUACUCCGCCGCGUCCUCCCGGAGGUCGGAAAGGCGAAGCCCCCCGGUGCCCGUCGGCGGGUCCGUGCCUGGUGCUCGCCUCCCCUCUGCGGCACGGCAGCCCCGCUCAGCCCGGCCACCAUGGCGCGCGGGAGGUUCCUCAGAAGACGAUGAGGUCAUUCAAGAAGGUCUCCUCAGGCUCAGCAGGGGCGAGUAAAGGCGGCGAGGAGCCCGGGCGGCUGCCGGAGCACGAGGAGGAGGAGGAAUCCCCGCUUUGGCACGGAGCCGGCCACUGCAAAUGGUUCAAUGUGAGGAUGGGCUUCGGGUUCAUCUCCAUGAGCAGCCGAGAGGGAAGCCCCUUGGAGUCCCCGGUUGAUGUCUUUGUGCACCAAAGCAAGCUUUACAUGGAAGGAUUUAGAAGCCUAAAAGAAGGAGAACCAGUGGAAUUUACUUACAAGAAAUCUUCCAAAGGCCUUGAAUCAAUACGGGUAACAGGCCCUGGUGGGAGCCCCUGUUUAGGAAGUGAAAGACGACCCAAAGGGAAGACAGUACAAAAAAGAAAACCAAAGGGAGAUAGAUGCUACAACUGUGGUGGCCUUGAUCACCACGCUAAAGAAUGUAGUCUACCUCCACAGCCAAAGAAGUGCCAUUACUGUCAGAGCAUCAUGCACAUGGUGGCUAACUGCCCCCAUAAAACUGUUUCACAACAGCCCACUAGUUCUCAGGGAAGACAUGAAGCUGAACCCCAGCCUUCCACUUCUGCUUUCCUGAGAGAAGGGGGAGGAACGUAUGGCUAUUCAUCUCCAUCGUAUUCUCAGGAGGGAAGGUCAGAGAUCUCAGAGCGUUCAGGCAGGUCGCCACAAGAAGCUUCUUCAAGUAAGUUAUCUGCAUCACCCGAAGAACCAAGCAGAAAGGGGCCUUCUGUUCAGAAAAGGAAAAAAACUUAAAGCAUUUUCCGUAACUUUCCAUUUUCUUUAUCCUCUUGGGAUGUCUACCUCAUGCAAAUACAGGGGAAAUAAUUUCAUUAUCAGUAGCUGAUGUGGAAUUUUAACUACUGUUGAGGAACUGUGAUUUUUUUUUUUCUUUAAUAGACAAAUCACUCCAAACAAAAUCCAUUUGAGCAGGGUGCGUUGCAUUUUACCUUCUGUAUGUGUGUGUGAGUGUGCAUGUGCGUGUAUGUAUACGUAUCUAUGAGUAUAUUUUUUUUUCAUCAGGACACUCUCCAGCUCCCACAGUAUGUUAUUGUGAAGCAAUAGACACAGUACCCAUAAAUGUUCCUGAACUUCUUCCCAGAAUCUGUUUUCAAACAUGUUCAAAAAACAAAUAAGAAAACCCAAGAAACCUCGCAAAAUGAAACAAACUAAAUCUGAAAAACCACACUCAGAACUAAGAUAAAGACUGUUACUUUCUUGUGAACCAAAGGAUAUGUUCAUAUUUUAAAGCUGCCAUAUGGUACUAAAGAUACUAAGACAUCCCCCAACAACCAAUUUGAGUUACUUUAUUUGUCAUCUCCACAAAACAUCACUUUCCUGCUUCCCACCCCUCCACCCCCAUGCCUCAGAAGGGCAAUGUCACAACUAAACAUGGCUCUCAUUGCCACCAUCCUUUGUUGGUAAGGAGUUUAAAGCUCCAGAAAAGACAAUGAAUGUGUAGUUUCUGUGCUGGUUUCUCAAAAUGUUUUGUUAAAGUAAUAUGAGUGUAACUGUAAUUUAGAUGACUGUUGUGUAGGGGAGACUGUGUAAGUUGUUAAAGAACAGACCUCUUUGAGUGGUAUCGGGAUACCAUUCUGUUGAACCUUUUGUAUUCUGUGAACACUUAGGGGACCUUGGUGGCAGUAGUAGCAGCAGCAGCAGCAACUUCUCUUGGUCCCAAGCAGUGCCCUGCAAUUUGAAGGGACUUCCCUCUUAUUUACUGUUGGGAGAAUUGUGUAGGGAUUUUUGUUGUUGUUGUCUGUAUUGUUUUUAAAGAAAACGAAAUGCAAAACUAAUAAGAUCCUGGGAUAAAUCGUUUCUUAAGAUAAAAGGUAGUUGGGUACUCACAGUUGCUCAGCAUGUGUACAUUAAAGAAGGACAGGUGCCUGCUGCAUACAAGCCUUAAUGAAAAGGUACCUGCAAACUUGUCAGAAGCCAUGGACAUCACCUGCUUCUUGUGAUCGGGAGGCUGCUGCUGACCAGCCAUGGUCUGGUGUGUGCUGGGACCACACACUUCUGCGUUACAGAGAAGGAAGAUUGGUGGUCUCAGAGUGAGACUCCCUGGGCUGCAGCCCUUGCUGGGGGUUAAUAGAGUUGGAGCCUGUCAAAACUUCAAGUCACUUUCCAUUUGUAACUUCUACAUUACCAAGUCAUACGUACGAUAACAUACUUUGACAAAUCCCAUUGCAGAUGUAAGUUAAUUAGAGAAACGUAUGUAAUCCUUAGCAUUGGCAAUAAAUACAGGCUGUUAAAGCUUGAAAGAGUCAGGUAGGUUUAAGCUAAGAUAAUCAAACUGAAGAAACAGCCCGCAUGGGAGGCUGCAGUGAGCCCAAGUCCCAGAUGUGGUAACUCGUGCAGCCAGUGGUUACGGCAGGCUCACUGUGUGACCGUUCCCUUCCCAGCUGUCCUGCCCGUUGAGACUUGUACUGUUGCUGCUGCUGCUGCUUCAGUAAACAGGCAGUAAGCAAAAGCCUCAGCAAAGGGCACAAUUUCCAGACAAUUAUUUUGUGUGAAUUCCUUGCCAGUGUUUGCGAGAAUCUCAAUGGUUUGUACUGAAGUUCUCAGUGUGCUAAUGCAAAGCUUACCUUUGACGAUAUUGAAUGUGAUAUAUCUAUAGAGAACUUCCUUGCCUUACGUGAGGAUAGUAAACCUAUUUAAAUUAUGUAGACAAAUCAAAGUGGCAUUGCUUAACCUUCUAGCCGGUGUAAAAACCCAGGUUAAACAGCAAAGAUGCAAAACUUAGGUCACUUUGAACGUUUAAACCAAAGUUCCUUAUAGAAAUAGGCAAUUGUGGAUUUGAGAACUGGUCAUUCCCUGUUUAUAUGUAAGAAGUUCAGAGCUGAGAUGAGGAAAUAUUUUCAAUGUGCAGAUUUUUAUUGGUGCUGUUUGAAAUCACUGUGUGCACCAAAGUCAGACUGAACUGCAAAGAGCACAUACCAAACCCUAUCUUAUUGUUGAAAGCUUAAGGUUUUAUUUUUAUAUAUUAGAAUGUUAUCACUAUUACAUAACAUACUCAGGACAAAGAACUUUGCUCAGGGAAUAUACCAUGUAAUGUUGUUUUUACUUUACAGAAUAGUCUACCGACUUACUCAGAACAAACCAAAUAGACUUAGCCCUUUUUAUCUCUCUAUAAGUAUUAUGUACUGAUGUUAGUAACUACCUCUGAGUUGACAUAGACCUACAUUUCUGAUAAUCAGAUUUCAGCAUUUUGUAUUAUAAGUUCCUGUGAAAUGAAAAAGUGGCAUUCUGUACUGGUUGCUUAUGUGAGCAUAUGUGUCUUUACAUUCACAGGGUCUGAGCUUUCAGAGAAGCUGGGCAGUCACAGCUCCCACUGACAUUGAGUUGUGCUGCUUAGUUUUUCUAGCUGGGGAGGGUGGGGGUGGAGGGGGGAGGGGGAAAAAACACAAAAACAUCAAGCCCACUUUGUUUACAUAGGUGACAAUAAAAUUAUUAUUCUGUUUACAGCAAAAGGCUACCUCAUAUUUACUGCAUAAACACACCUUUGUGCUGCUCUGGCCUUAAAGGUGGCUGUUGAUCUAUGGUACAUACUUUUUAUCUGUACUGAAUAUGUAACUGAUGUUUCACCACUGCAUACGUUAUGGCAAAUACUUGUUUAAGAUGAAGCAACCAUUUGAAACGAUGAGAAGUUUCCAGACAUUUCUUUAGAAGUUUUUAUUUUUCUGUCUAAAGGAUGAUGGGCACUGUUCACAAAAAAUAAUACAUCUCCCAAGCAGACAAAAGUAUACAUGCCUGAGUUAAACAUAGCAGUGCAAGCUAUGGCAGGUAACUACUUAGCACUGGGCUGCUGUAGGAAAAAAAAAAUAAUAAAAAAAAUCUAAUUAUACUCCUUCAAUAGGCUGCUCCAAAUAAGCAAAAAUCACUUCACGGGAAGAGGCACAGACUUGAAUUUGGGAUUCUUCCUUCAAAUCUAAGGAUGUAAUUAAUAUUCUACAGCAUUGGCUCAGCCUUGAUUUCCCCUAUUCACCAGCCUGUCCUUGCCAGAAUGCCUCACAAUAAAACUCAUUUCAGUAGAAGGAGUUGAGGUACCAGCUCGGAGAGAUGUAUAUUUCUUCAGACAAUACUGGAGAUAAGGUUAAACCCAAAAUGAAAUCUCUCCCUUCCAUAUCCCUCACUCCAAAGCACUCAAUUUGACUUAACCAUAAGGGACAUUGUGAGAUACUUUAUAUUCUCCCCCGAGGACAGUUAAUGGAAUCUAUUUACAAACUACAGAAAUUAAGCCAUGGAGAACAUUUGGAGGAAGAGCCAAAUAACUUUUUGCUGUAGCUGAUGGUAAGUCUGGCGUUACAGUACCAUCUGAAGUAUUUUGCUUUUAGCUAGCUCUCAGGGAGUGCCAAAGAACACAUCUGACUCCUACUUUUUCCCUUUGUAGGCCACCUUUUUCAGCCCAGCUUUAUUCUGCACCAGUGUUAUCCUGGAGUUCCUGCUUAGUCAUACAUAGUUUUGUGAAUAGAGCCCCAUAAAAAGUGUUUAUAGAUCUUGUAACAUUCUUUGUAAGAAGAAUUAUAAAAGAACAUGGGAAAUCUCAUUGAGUCUUAAAUUUAAUUUAAUUAAUUUAUCUGUAAGAAAUGUUUAUCAUAAAAAUAUAUAUGUAUUCCCCUGUGCUAGAUAUAAAAGUAAUUGGGAAGAUGUGUACGUGUGCAGGUGCACUGAUUUUAAUUUUCUAGAAGUCUUAAUGAGAUUUGAGUAUUGUUUUAGAAACAAGCAGAGCCUCGUUAAAUGCGUCAAUCUGAUUUUGCUUAGGUUAUCAACAGCCUCUUCUUUAGGAUACGUUGGUUGUGUGUGUUACCCCGUUACAACCGUCGACUAAUAGCAAGAGGUUAAUUUAUGAACACACCCGUCUUUCUAAUGCUAAAACAGAGCUGUAAAUUAACAGCUUUGGUAGUGUUUUUAUAAGAAUGUUGAAAAGUACCAAGGUAUUUGCUACCAUUGUCAUUGAACCAAACGGAAGAGCAACCAGCUUUACAAAGGAUAAUGGUUUUGACUACCUCUUGGAUUACUAAGUUAAGCAACAACUGGCUGACAACCAUCACCAGACUGGCUUAAACUAGUAUGUGUUGCUUGUGGUAAUAAUAACAAUAACCAUACUAGAGACCAAAGUGAACACUGAUUUCUAUAUGUCUUUAAUACUGUGUCUUAUCUAGUGUUUUUAAAUUAUCUUCUGUAGUAUAGAUUACCUCAUUGUCCAUUUUGACUUGUAUGUUGUUUACAAGGUGAAAUAAAGGAAGAAAAUCACUUGAAUUCUGUGUUGUAAGAAAAAGACAGCGAGUUGACGUUUUGAAGAUCAUUUCACCUGUUUACUGUCUUGAGGGACUAAAGCACUGAUUGCCUUUCUACAUAUCAUGUAUUUUAUAUCCUCAUUUCAUGCCUAAUGUCUUUUUUUUUUUCCUGUCAGUCAUGGAUAUUGUGAGGUUUAAAAGAAUUACUUGAUUAAAAAUAAAACAUAUAACAUUGGCAUUUA